GUCAGCUCAGGGACUGGCACCGGAUACGCGUUCUGGCCAGUCGGCCCUACCGGAAGUUUGACCUCCUGGCGUUUUGCUUCCGGUUCUGUUGGCUCCUUCCGGUAGCCAUGGCGACAGGGCGCCUGGGGGUCGGAGAGACUCUAGGGGCCCUCAACACGGCCUUGGGGCCUGGCGACCCCGUGUGGUUCAAGGAGACGCGCGCCCGCCACCUGCGUGCCCGAGACUUCCUGGCGCCGCGGCCCGCAUUACAAGCGCGCUUCGGGGACGGACAGGUGCCGGAACGUGUGGUCCGUGCAGUUGCCGGCCUGCAGGGCCCCGGCGUGGCCCCAGUGCUGCGCUGCGCGCCGACUCCCGCGGGACUGGCGCUCCAGCUGCAGCGGCCCGCCGUCUUCGAGCGCGUGCUCGGCGCUGUAGCCUCCUAUGUCGCGCCCGCCNUGAGCGCUACGCUGGGCCAAAGAGGCGGGGGUAGGAAGCUGGGCCGGGGGCUGCGCCGGGUGAUAGAGCUGAGAGGCCCGCCUUCGCUUCGUAGGGAGAGUGUGUGCCUGGUGCCCGCCGUGCGGGAUCCGCACAUGCCGACCUUCCUGCAGCAGCUGCGCGUGGACUGGCCCGCUGCCUCGGAGACAGCCGCCACCGAAGCCCUGAGGAGCCGCGCGCUUGCAGAGCUUAACCCUGCCCGGAACCGGGGAGCCCUCCCCACCGGCGUCCUGGGCACAGUGUGUCUGAAGGAGCUGGUGCAAGAACGGGGACGUGCGGCUGGCUAUGACCCUAACCUGGACAAGUGUCUGGUGACUGAGGAUCUACUCUCAGUGCUGGCCGAGCUGCAGAAUGCUGUGCGCUGCUGGCCUGGGGGCAGCUCUCCGUCCCUGGCUGAGGCCCCAGAUGCUAACGCAGACAGCUGCAUAGUUGUGCACGUAGUGAGCUGUGAGGAGGAGUUCCAGCAACAAAAGGUGGACCUGCUUUGGCGGAAGCUGGAUGGCCAGGCUCCUCUCACACAGAAACACCUGGUCUGUGGCCCAGUGAAAAUGGCUGGUGCACCUGGCACCCUCACUGCCCCUGAGUACUACGAGCUCCGGCAUGCCCAGGUGUGCAAGGCGUCAGCAGUGAAGCAUGGCAGGGACCUGGCACAAGACCCAGCUUGGACAGAGGUCUUCAGCAUUCUCUCUGUGGCCACCAUCAAGUUUGAGAUGCUCAGCACAGCCCCGCAGAGUCAGCUUCUCCUGGCCCUGGCUGACAGCAUUUCCACAAAGGGCACCAAGAGUGGCACCUUUGUCAUGUAUAACUGUGCCCGUCUUGCCACACUGUUUGAGGGGUACAAGCACAGCAUGGAACAAGGUCUGUACCCCACUUUUCCACCUGUGAACAGUCUCGAUUUCUCACUGCUACAGGAUGAGGGUGAGUGGCUCCUGCUCUUCAAUGGCAUCCUCCCCUUCCCAGACCUGCUGAGCCAGACAGCAGCCCUGGCAUGCACAGCUCCAGGGCUGCAUGCGACUACUCGCACAGAGAUGAUGUGCAAGUUCCUGGUGCAGCUCAGCAUGGAUUUCAGCUCCUACUAUAACCGCAUACACAUCCUAGGAGAGCCCCGACCACACCUGUUUGGUCAAAUGUUUGCCCGUCUCCAGCUUCUGCAGGCCGUGCGUGAAGUGCUUCACACCGGCCUAGCCACGCUGGGCCUCCCUCCACUGAACUAUAUCUAAGGCCACAGAGACUCCAAUAUCUAGGAAUGUUUACAAAGUCAUUACCUGGGGGGAAAAGAUACACAGAUUUUGUUAGGGACCUGGAGCCAAAAAUAAACUACUUCUGCUACAAA